AUGCUAUUACGUCAUAAAGCUGAUGAAGUCACAGUGCGAUCAUUGCUCAAGAAGCCUAAUGACAACAAAAAUGGCGGAUGGAGUGGCUGGGCAGAGUGGGCACAUUGUCGUGGUUUUCCGUCUUUGGAGCGUCGCGUUCGUUACUGCAACAACCCACUUCCGGAACUAGGCGGAAGCUGCACUGGAGCAGAUGAAGAACACAAGCCAUGUGAAGCUUACCUGUACUGGACACUUCUGAAGCAGGGAGCCAAGAUGUCUACGGCAAUCAAGGCGAAGAUCUCAGUAAGGUCAAAGACAGACUGUUGUACUGCCUGCCUCAUGUAUGCUGAAUGCCGUGGCGUCAGUUACAGCAAAACUACGUCAUCAUGCAUCGUUGCCAAUCCUGCAGCUUCCUCCUUUGAAGAUGAUGAUAAUUGGGACACGUGGAUCAAAAAUUAAAGAAACUUGAAAUUUGAGGAAAACACGAAUACGUGAAACAAUUAAUUUAUGUCACUUUGAUGUUUUUACACUAAGUCACUUUAUUUAUUAUAACCAUUGUCAGUUUCAUCUAAUAUAUCUUGGUAUCAUUUUCUUGCUGGAAAUCCAUUGUUUUAGAUAAAGUUGCUUUGCUGAGAACAAGCCAUGAUGAAAAACCCGAAUCACUCUGCCAGUAUGGAUACAUAGUUCUAAAUUUUCUACAUUACCAUAAUACUGUGUCUAUUUCAACUUUCUCAUUAUGAAGUUGUGUAAUCAUAAACUAUGAUGGGCAAAAUUCAAUCGAUUGAGGGCAAGAUAUGAUUAUUUCACCUUUUGAAGUUGGGUUUUGACAGAUGUAUCCCCAUUUUUAUUCUAUACCUUUGUGCCUCCAACGUAAAUUUUCCAUCCAUGGUGUCUCCAAAUAGCGGUAACAUGGAGGUAAUGGAUGACUUCAGUGUAGGAGCUGCCACUAUUCCACCAGCAUAGAUGUCCCCCGUUUUUCUUUUAUCAGGGAUAAUAUUAACAACCCAGCUCACGUGAGGGUUUGCCUCAUUAUUUUCCUUCAUUGUUGGAAUCCUUAUUGUGAGUGAGUGAGUUUAGUUUUACGCCGCUUUCUUAGUCCAGCAAUAUC